CAACAUGGCGAACACAGGCAGCGGUUCUCUGGCGACUAUUCUCUUUUUAUUCAUGUUCCAAGCGGCUCUUCUUAAAGGAGCUGCACAAGAACCAGUGGUGAGUCAGAACCUGGUGACGGACAAUGUGUCGGUGGUGGAGGGCGAGAUGGCGAUCAUCAGCUGUCGGGUGAAAGACAAUGACGACUCCGUUAUCCAGCUGCUCAACCCCAACAGACAGACGAUUUACUUCAGAGACAUGAGACCACUGAAAGACGCUCGCUUUCAACUGGUGAACUUCUCAGACAAUGAGCUGCGGGUGUCGCUGUCUAAUGUCUCGCUGUCAGACGAGGGUCGAUAUGUUUGCCAGCUCUACACAGACCCUCCACAGGAAGCCUACGCUGACAUCACCGUGCUAAUUCCUCCAGGUAACCCCAUCAUCGAGGCCCGGGAUGAGGUCCUGAGCGAGGGCAACGAGACAGAGAUGACCUGCACUGCCAUGAGCAGCAGGCCUGCCGCCACCAUCAGAUGGAUGAAGGGAGAUAAAGAGCUUCCAGGCAAGCCCAAAGUUGAUAUGACCUACGACAAGAUGUACUCAGUAACCAGCCGGGUGACGUUCACUGUUAGUAAGGAGGAUGAUGGUGUUCCAGUGGCUUGCAUCGUAGACCACCCUGCAGUCAAGGACUUCCAAGCACAGAAAUACCUGGAGGUGCAGUACAAACCAGAGGUAAAGAUCGUGGUAGAGUUUCCUCAGGGUCUUACAAGGGAAGGAGAGAACCUGGAACUGACGUGUCAGGCUAAAGGCAAACCCCAGCCACAGCGGGUGAACUGGGUGAAGGUGGAUGACGAUGUGCCAUCCCACGCCGUCAUCACUGGCGCUGAUCUUUACAUCGAAAACCUAAACAAGUCCUACAACGGAACCUAUCGCUGUGUGGCCUCCAACACAGUGGGGGAGUCUUUUGACGACUACAUCCUCUACGUCUAUGAUGCUCCCACCACUACCCCUAUACCCACCACAGCCACAACCACUACCACCACCAUCACCACCACCAUCUCCUACCCUGAAGCCAAUCAAGACACUGCGCCCAGCACUGAACCUGCAGCUCAUGAUUCACGAGCUGGAGAAGGAGCACCCAGAACGGUGGACCAUGCAGUGAUCGGAGGAGUGGUGGCCGUGGUCGUCUUCGCCAUGCUCUGUCUACUCAUCGUCUUGGGGCGCUACUUUGCAAGACACAAAGGUACCUACUUCACACACGAAGCCAAAGGAGCAGACGACGCAGCGGACGCGGACACGGCCAUCAUCAACGCAGAGGGUGGCCACACCAACUCGGACGAAAAGAAAGAGUACUACAUCUAAUCAAAACAGGACCCCCUCACUCUAGUGUCCUCUUUGGGACGACGAGCUGUUUUCGGGGCCUGGGCAGGGGGAGAGGGGUGUUUGACGGAGGGAUUCGAGUUUGUUCAGGAUCACUUUUAGUGAGAGUAGAGGGUUUAGGGAGUAGAAGAGAGAUGGGGUUUCAAAGAAAGGCCUGGUUUAAAGCCGUUGUUUAGUCUAGUCUGCAGAUGUAGAUGGAAUGUUUUGUGUGUAAAAAAAAUUAAAAAUCAAAAAAGGACAAAAAAUGGGAGGGUUCAGGGUUUUUCCGGUAAUCUGAGAAGGGGAUGGGGUUGCGGGUGGGAAGGGUGCGCCAUACGUUGCCAGAUAUCACUGUAGAGAGCUUCACCAUUUUCGACACCUCCCUAACUGCUGGUACGAAUUUUAUUUAGUUCAACCAUUUGCAGAAAAUUCUGUGCCUUGUUCUAUCCAUACUUUGGAUUUGUGUUGAUCCUCAUUUGCAUAACCUUGUUCCUCUCCUUUUCCCCAUUUCAUCUUUCCCACUCGUAAUCAUCGAUGUGCUGUUGGCUUUUUUGUAUGAGGGUAAAAUUACACAGCCACUUUAUUCAUUUCCCCUAAAUGUGUCUGCACACACGCUUCCUCUACUGCAUAACAAAAAACUCUUUCCAGUAUACUGUGAUUUGUCUCAAGCCAUUACUUCCCUCUCCUUUAUUUUCCCCUGAUGUUUUGACAGCUCCAAAAAUGCAUGGAAUGCUUUACAUAUCAUUGUACAAAGGACAUAAAUGAGAAACAGGUUUGAUGUACUGUAUAUGCUCUCCCAGCCCUUAACAUAACCACAUUCAAAACAUAAUCAAAAAGAAGGCAGCAAGGGAUCACAUGAAAUGAUUUUAUUGGGCCAAUUCACUUUUUAAAUUCAUGUUUUGCAACAUCAGUUUGUUUUCAAAGCAGAUUUACUACUGCCUCUUAAAAAAACACCUUUCUUAGUAAAGAGAAGUAGUACUUUAUUUUUCUUCACGGCGCUGCCAUUUCAUUAUUUUGAUUUCUUUCUCUGUUCAGUAUUAUUUUUCUUAUAUU